GAAGGACAGCCCAUUUACCUGGCAGUGAAGGGAGUAGUAUUUGAUGUCACUUCUGGAAAAGAAUUUUAUGGGAAAGGAGCCCCAUACAAUGCUUUGGUUGGAAAAGACUCAACAAGAGGAGUUGCAAAGAUGUCUCUGGAUCCAGCAGAUCUUACACAUGACAUAACAGGACUCACAGAAGAGGAACUGAAGUCCCUGGAUGAUAUCUUCAAUAACGUUUAUAAGGCCAAAUAUCCAAUUGUUGGCUAUACUUCUCGACGAAUUCUGAAUGAGGAUGGCAGCCCCAAUCUAGACUUUAAACCUGAAGAUCAGCCACAUUUCAACAUUAAAGAUGAGUUUUGAGGAACACUUUUGUAUCUAGAGAAUGCCUGGGGAGAGGCAUGCUAAAAUAUGGCAUUGAUUCCCUAUUUUCUGGAGUUCAUUACAGUAAUUAGCUGUCAUGAGUCAGUUUUCUGUUUAGAAAAUAUGUAUGUGUAUACACACAUAGUUUAGAGGAAACAAACAGAUCUGUAUUAGUAUCAUACACUUGGGCUGUUUGCUCUGAAUUACGGGAAUUAUUUCAUAUGAAAGUUCUUUCUGCCUGGAUUUCUCUGUUUACAAGUGUGUAAUGUAAAAUUACCUUCCUUAGAAGAGAUAAGGAAAUUUUUAAUAGUUGAAACAUGACUGGUCUUUUUGUAAAUCCCAAGUUUUUCUCCACUCCUUGGAAAAGUGUGAAUGCAUUAUCUGGAUGAGCUAACAUCAAUUCUUUGUGCUUGAGUGUGGGUAUCACAUGUACAAACCACUGUAAUAGAGGCUUCCAUUUUAAAAAGCAUUGUGAGAUUUAAUAUUUGAUAGGUUUGAGA